ACUGUAGGAGGGUGCCACAGUAUCUGAUAAUCCAGACAGCAGGAGGUGAUUUUGGUUACAGCACAACCUUCCCUUGAUGGCUAAAAAAGUUUCCGGUGAUUUUGGGAUGGUUCGUUUCUCCCGGAGAAGGAGCACGUUAAUGGGAUUCUUUUCCCCGCUGAAUCACCUGAGGGCAGCCGGACAGUGAGUGUCUGGAGGCUGAUGGACGACAUGUCUCCACAGCAGCAGCAGCAGCAGCAGCAGCAGCAGCAGGAAAACACACGGCGGAUGAAGUCUCAGAGUUAUCGGCGGCAGUCCGCCCCCUCUAUGGUCAUCUCCAAGGCUCUCAUCAGGUCCAAGACUAUCUCCAGAGACAGCUUCCUGGUUCCAGUGUGUCCAGAGAGCUGCUCAUUGGUCCAGUCCCUCCUCCUCCCCGGCUCUGAUAGGUCGUUUCUUCUCCACGGAAACGCUCAGUUGAAGACGGGGAUGCAGACUCAGGACCGACACCUCUUCCUGUUCAGCGACUUGCUGGUGAUCGCCAAAGCCAAAUCAGCCAAUCACUUCAAGCAGAAGGCGCAGGUGUGUGUGUGUGAGAUGUGGACGGCAGGCUGCAUGGACGAAGUGUGUGAGGGGAGCACGAACCCAGAGAGGAGCUUCGUCAUGGGCUGGCCCACCUGUAACUGUGUGGCUAUGUUUAG